AUGAGUGGACAAAAAUACUUGAAGGGUAGUUCAGUGAUUGUUAUAGUACGCUGCCUGCAAGAAUCUUGCAAUAAAAUUUUAGCAAACGGUAACCUUACAUCCAUAGUAUCCGACGUAGUACAAUUACUAAUAUCGGGUUUAGCAAAAAGAUUUAGAGGAAUAGAACAGAGUGGCACAUUGUCAUUAUGUACAUUUACGGAUUCACGAUUUAAAGUGCAGGGUUUUUCUGAUAAAAAUGAAGCUAAAAAAACAAAAGAAAAAGUUAAGAAGCUGGUUACUUCUAUAAUUAACGAUCAAGAGGAUUGUACUAUUGAAAAUCAACCAGUACAAGAAAAAGAAACCGAUAAAGAUGACUUAAGUCCAUGGUGUAUUUUUGAUCAAUUAAUUGGAGAUGUCUUAUCUACACGUAUAACUGUAUCAAGAGUCCAUUACAACGGUGGAAAAACCAUCGCCAUGUAA